AUUCAUCCCGGGGGAGGGGACAGCCCAUAUGGCGAAUUACAGCCUCUUGUUAGGUUAACAAUCCAGGUUGGGUAUGGGAUUAGUUGGCUAAUUAUUUCAGUAUUUGUGUUUGGAAGCAUGGACUUGAUAUUAGCAAAAUCUAAAAAAGGGCGGCCAUUGAGAAUUUUGGCGCGGCGCUUGACACACGGUAAACUAAAAUUGAGACAAGCAUGGCAGCAUGGAAUUGUUCCCUACUGUUAUUAUAUUUAAUGAGUUUUCAUGUAGUUGUCCAACUUAGACACUUGGUUUUAGUUUUCUGAUGUUUAUGUUCACUUCAUUUCAGUAUUUACAACACAUUUAUUUAAAUAAUUUAUGUGCUACUAACCAGUUGUUAACAAAAAUUUGAAAUGUCAUUCAAGACUUUGGCGGUUGUUCAAUCAACAUCUACUGUUACGAAAAUCAAAAAUAAAUCAAUUGUGGUUCAAACUGGUUCAAGAGGAGAGAAAUCAUUCAAUUUCGAUGGAGCUUUUGCCAGUACAGAAUUACCUGGAAUCUAUUCAUCACAAUUGUCAAAACUUGUUCAUGAAGCAUUAUCUGGAUCCAAUGUUUCCGUCACCUGCUGUGGGUUGAAUGAAAUCGGAAGUGGCAAUAUAUUACACGGAACAGGAUAUAAUGCUAAUAAUGGAAUUAUUCCCUUAAUUAUUCAUGAUUUGUUUGAUCAAGUUGCUGGUGGUCAAUACCUAGUCAGUGUCAGUAUGUUGCAGAUCAAUAACAAAGGGGAAUUAAUUGAUGUGCUGAAUCCACAUACAAGAAGCAUGAAUAUCAAGCACAAUGAUAAGAUUGGAGUUUAUGUGGAAAAUUUAUCAGGCAUUGUAUGCUCAAAUGCAGAUGAAGCUUGUGGCUUGUACACAGAAGGGUUUAAAGCAGAAAACGCCUUAAAAAUGGGACAAAGAGAUUUCAUAGUUACAUUGUAUGUGUCAAAAAAACAGCAAGCAGGCUCAUCUUUGAGCGGCAUUCUGUCAAAAAUUACCAUCGUUGACUUGAUUGGACAUGAAUCAGAACAAGAAAAUGUCGGAAUCAAGGCGCUGUUCAAAGCUAUGGGCAAAGGAAAGGCAAAAAAGGAAUCGGCUCUAUCAAACACAAACAAACUUCUUCAUGAUAUAAUAUUAAACAGCUCAUUUGCUGCAGUGAUGGCUUGCGUCAGUGGUGAAGAGAAGGACAUUGAUACAAUGAUGUCAUUGUUUGAUAUGGUAAAAUCAACAUCAGGGCUUCGCUUGAGCCCGCAAAAGUCGUCUGGAGAUCUUGACAAAUUGCUGACGGAGUUGAGACAGGAUAUAAAAGUUGUACGAGAUAGAAUGAUGGUGCAGAACAUUCCACAAAAGAAAGAUGUAACUUUGCUCGAAAACCUUUUAAGUGAUUUGAAUGCAGUGAAAAAAACAAGCUGGGAUCAAAGAAUAAUGCUUUCCAAUCUAUACGUGGAAGAAAGAAAAAGACAUCUUGCUGACAGAGGCUUGCUUUGGGUGUUGGAAGUGAAAAAGGGUUCGAAUAGUGAAGAAAUCAAAAAGUUGCAAAACCGUGUUGAGAAGUUAUCAGCUGAAUAUAAAGACCAAAAGAAUUCUUCUGAAAAAUUGAAGAAUGAUUUGAGGUCCGAGAUUGAUCAGUAUACCAAGCUUGUUGAAUCUGGAAAUUCUGAUGAAAAAGAUACUAAAGCAAGAGUUACAAGAAUACAACAGAAAAAAGAAGCAUAUAAAACCGAAAGCGAGAAAACUAGCAAAAUUCGAGAUGACCUAAAACUUGUUAAAAAUCAACUCAGAAAAGAAAAAGAGGCUGGAUUGGACGUUUCAUCGUUCAAUUUUGAAAUGAUGUCUCGAAAAUUGGAGGAAGACAGACAACGAAUGAAAACAGAAAAUCAACAAUUGGUUGAUGAUGAGGUUGAAAAAUUGAAAGUCGAAUCUGCUCAUGAAAAAGCAGAGCUUGAAAUGAGAUCAUCGUCAGGGGGAUUGCAGCUUGAUGCAAAUGAGCAACUGAGAAAUGCUGUUCAAUUAGCAACACUAAAAUUGGAGAAAUCUGCUAUCACCACUCAAUUGGAUGUUCUAAAGAAGGAGAACAUGCAGAUGGAAGAACACAUACGAGUUUUCGUUGAAAAACAUGGAAAGGAAGUUGAAAUUCAGCAGCUUCAGAAUUUACAAACGUUCAGAGCUUAUAGAGAGGUCUUUGAAGAGUUCAAAGUUGAUCUUGAAAACCGCUGGAGGGGACUAUUAGAUGAUGCCAUACAGGAUGCUGUCUUUCUCAAUUCAAGGAAUAACGAAUUAUCACAGGAAAACGAGAUGUUGAAAAUGAAUGUAAAUGAACUCAAAGAUGCACUGAGUCUUACUGGUACUCCACCUGGAAAAAUUUCAACUAUAAUUGACAAAUAGAAAUCGUAUGUUUCUCCGCAGUUAAUUCAACAUAUUCAAUUAUUAAGAAACAUCGUUUUCUUCAUUUGCACUUUAUAAAUAAUGCCGCAUAGUUUUGUUUACAAUACAUACUCGUAUGGCCUAACUAAAUCAAUUCAUAUAAUAUUAAUUUUUUUUUUUUAUGUAAUAAAGAUAUGUGGUACAUUGCUUGAAUUUAUGGUCCUUUUCAUAAUGCUUGUUCACAAAUCCAGUCUUUUAUAUGACAUUUUUGUAUAAAUCAUCUAAAAAUAAAGUAUCCACAUGUUAGUAUUCUUCAAUGACUAUCUGCAAUUUUCUAACCAAUCAAAAUUAGGUUAUCAUCAAAUUUCCAUGAUUACCCUUUAUGCCUAAGUUGAGUUUGUUAAUUUUGUAAAACCAAAUUGACUUAUUGUUACGAAUAGAUAAAUAAUUUUCCAUACCUUUUUUUAUUAAUUCGUAAUUUGGUUCAUCUUGUGUCCUGAAAUGUUUGACGUGUUUUUUUUGUGCUCACUGUUUUUUUCAUUAGUUCCUGCAAUCAAGAUUCUCUUUAUUAUCAAGUUUUCAUGCAGUAAUUUUUGAGCUGCGUUUUCUCCAUGACCUAUUAAUGUACCAGAUUUAUACUACAUGUUCUAUUUUUUUUUAUUAACAUCAUUCCACUGUUUCCUGCGUUUGCAAAUAUUACUGGAAGAUUAAUAAACUACUUGAAACAAUUUUGGAAAUUCCUAUUUUUCCGACACUUUCCUUUGAAAUAUUUUUAAAUAUCAAAUUUUAUUACAGUGCCUGAUUAUCGUUUUGUUAUCAGAUUUUUUUUUCAUCUCGAUAUAUGUAUAACCCAUAGCAAUAUUUCUUGGAAAUGUAGCACCACUCUUGAUCAAUUUAUUUUUUCUUUUGUUAAAGUCCACUGUAAAUAUCUAUUUACUAUAAAGCAGUACUGUUUAUUCUAUGGUUAGUCCACUGUAAUGAUAAUUGUACUUUACGUUUAAUUAUAUUUUAGA